AUGGAGGCACGACUGUUUGCUCAGGAGGGUGCCGCUGUCGUGAUUGCGGACAUCCUUCAGGACGAGGGCAAGCAAGUCGAAGCCGAGAUUAAUGAAUCGGGCGGCAGGGCGUUGUUCGUGAACCUGGAUGUUACAAGCGCUGACGACUGGCAGGCAGCGGUAGCCAAGGCGGUCGAAACCUUCGGCAAGAUGGACAUCCUGGUGAACAAUGCAGCGAUAUACAGCCGCGUUCCCAUAGAGCAUGCCUCAGAAGAGGAGUGGGACAGCAUAAUCGAUAUAAACCUGAAGGGCGUGUUCCUGGGCACCAAGCAUUCAAUCGCGGCAAUGCGUGAUGCGGGCGGCGGCUCGAUCAUCAACAUUUCGUCCACUGCCGGACUUGUGGGCAGUCCGCGAGGGGGAGCUUACACAGCGUCGAAGGGUGGCGUGAGGCUGUUCACGAAGAACACGGCGAUUCAGCUUGCGCCGGAUGGUAUUCGCGCAAACUCCAUUCAUCCAGGCCCGAUAGACACAGAGAUGAUUGAGGGACUGGCAGCGUCCGUUGAGCGUGUUCCACUGGGCAGGAUAGGUACGGUUGACGAUGUGGCAUACGGAGCGCUGUUCCUCGCGUCGGAUGAGGCGUCAUUUAUGACCGGCUCUGAACUCGUGAUAGACGGCGGCGUUACGGCGCAGUAG